AUGAAUAAGGCGUUUGCAUUGGCUCUCGCGGUACUGAUCGCGUUUGCAGAGUGCGGACCACCUGGGAAGCCAAAUUUGGGAUGGGGUGAACGAACGUUUGCGAUUGUAGAAGUAAAUCAGGCAGCCACAGCUUACAACCAGUUGGUGAAGAGAAAUGAUGCCGCUCAAGUCCCUGUUACAUGGAAUGUCUGGUCUGGAGAUCCAGCGGAAACAGCGAGAGUACUCUUCGAUGGAGAGGAAGUUUGGUCGGGUUCUGGAAGAUCUACUUCAGCUACUUUCCCCAUAGAAAAAGGAGGCAGAUAUCAAAUGAAAAUUGAACUCUGUAACUCUGAUGGUUGCAGUUACAGUGAACCAACUGAGAUUGUAAUUGCUGACACCGAUGGAAGCCAUCUUCCCCCGUUAGAGUAUUCAAUGGGAGAAAAGAACAAACCAUUCAAACAGACAUCUGGUAAAGUGGUUGGAGCUUACUUCGUUGAGUGGGGUGUAUACCCUAGGAAAUUCCCCGUCGAUCGUGUGCCGAUUCCGAAUCUCACGCAUCUUCUUUACGGUUUCAUCCCAAUUUGUGGAGGUGAUGGCAUCAAUGACAGUUUGAAAGAAAUCGAGGGAAGUUUUCAAGCACUACAGCGUUCUUGCAGUGGUCGGGAAGAUUUUAAGGUUUCCAUACAUGAUCCCUGGGCUGCUUUACAGAAACCUCAAAGAGGUCUUUCCUCCUGGAAUGAACCUUAUAAAGGCAAUUUCGGUCAAUUGAUGUCAUUGAAACAAGCUAAACCAGACUUGAAGAUUUUACCAUCAAUUGGUGGGUGGACUUUAGCCGAUCCUUUCUUCUUCUUCACUGAUAAGAGUAAGAGACAGCGAUUUGUGGAAUCUGUUAAAGAUUUCCUUUUAACCUGGAAAUUCUUUGAUGGUGUUGAUAUUGACUGGGAGUUCCCUGGAGGUAAAGGUGCUAACCCAGACCUCGGAAGCCCAGAAGAUGGUGAUGUUUACGUUAGUUUAAUGGAAGAAUUACGUGAAAUGCUUGAUGACUUAUCUGCUACCACUGGUAAAACGUACGAACUGACCUCAGCAAUCAGUGCUGGAUGGGACAAAAUUCAGGUUGUCGAUUAUGCUAAAGCGCAACAAUACAUGGAUCAUAUUUUCGUUAUGAGUUACGAUUUCAAAGGAGCAUGGUCUAAUGAUACUUUGGGACAUCAAACUCCGUUGUACGCACCAGCUUGGAAUCCUAAAGAGACUUACACGACCGACUUUGGUGUGAAAUAUUUGCUAGCUCAAGGUGUGUCACCGAAAAAGAUCGUAGUAGGUGUUGCUAUGUACGGUCGAGGAUGGACUGGAGUUAAUGGCUAUGAAGGCAAUAAUCCAUUCACAGGAAAUGCUACUGGACCAGUCAAAGGAACAUGGCAAGACGGUGUUGUUGAUUAUAGAGAAAUUGCCAACGAAAUCGCUCAAGGAAAAUGGGAAUUCCACUACGAUAAUGUAGCCCAGGCUCCUUAUGUGUUCAGACCAUCUACUGGGGACCUCAUCACCUACGAUAAUGCGAGGUCUGUUAUUGAAAAGGGUAAAUAUGUAAGGAAUAAUAAACUCGGUGGUCUCUUCGCGUGGGAAAUUGAUGCCGACAAUGGUGACUUACUUAACGCUAUGAACAUGGGUUUGGGUAACAGUCCAGCAUAA